AUGAGUUCAGACAAGGAGCAACACCAGCACAACCCCACGGCGCAAGAGAUGGAACACCACAAAUACGACGCCGAAAAGCAAAUCAAACGCAACCCCCACCCCGACUUCAAAUCAGUCGAGGCCUCGCGUCCCGACUGGCCAGAAGAGAACAAAUGGCACUACACCAAGGUCCGCAACCCGGACUGGAAGCUCGGCGACGGCGCCAACGACAAUGGCGAAUCCCUGCAUAAAGAACACGUCGAGAUUGACCCUUACGCUGAGGGCCGCCCUGCUGUUUCCAACUACAAGCUGUUGAUCUCGGCCAUUAUCCCCAGACCCGUGGGUUUCGUGUCGACGAGGAGUAAAGAUGGGAAGAGCACCAAUCUAGCGCCGUUCUCGUAUACCCAGCUGGUCAACCACGAUCCGCCUGUUUUCGUCAUUGGCUACGCUGGUGGCAUGGACAAUGCAAAGGACUCGUUGAAGAACUUGACCGAGACGGGCGAGUGCGUGCUCAACAUCAUCUCUGAGCACUUCAUCGAGGCCGCCAACAGCACUUCCAUCAAUGCUCCCUACGGUGUUUCUGAGUGGGCAUUGAGUGGUUUGACNCCCGCACCUUGCACUCAAGUCAAGGCCAGUCGUGUCAAGGAGGCCAUCUUCGCUGCAGAGUGCAAGUUGAUGAACACGCAAGAGUUUGAGAGCAGAGCCACUCCUGGCAAGAAGACCGGCGUCUUGGCUAUCGUCGAGGGUGUCAGGUUCUGGGCUCGCGAAGACGCCAUCAACGAAGACAAGAACUUGAUUGACCCUGCUAUCCUCAAGCCCAUUGCCAGACUUGGAGGUAUCACCUAUUCGCGCAUCACAGAGGGCUUUGAGAUUCCUCGCCCAGACUGGGAAGAGAACAAGGAGUCGGUCGACAAGCUCGCAAAGCCAAAGGUUGAUGGCCAGUAG